AUAAUUACGAAAUAUUUACUACUCAAUUUUUACUAUUUACUACAUAUUUAUAGAAAAAUAAAUGCAAAUCCAAAAAUGCGACAUUUAUUCGCACUUUUCGGUAUGGAUAAAGAAGUUGAAGUUCUGGUGAUAAUUAUUUUAGGUACAAUAUCUUGUGGAUGCGAUCAAGGGCUCUUCCAUAUUAAAACAGACCUCAACAAAAUUUGGGAUGCUACCUUAGAUAUUAGAUAUUACCCUAUUAUGAUGCAAUUUUAUUUAAAAUAUUUGAUGGUUGGAAUUUUAGCAAUACGAGCGUUCACUAAUCACGUCUUUAUUGCUUUAUAUAUUCCCAUGUUGUGGCCGGCGUUAAUGUUGGACAGACCAAAUGUAAUGUUGCCAUGGUUGUUUUUGGGCAUUUUUAGAAUAUUCGUGGCAAAUAUUGCAUCACUUACUAUGGGUACAUUUAUAUGUUUUACUCAUGAAGGUUUAAAUUGGAUUUGCUUAGAGUAUGUACUCUCUCAAUUCAUUCAAUAUGGCCCUUCUGUUUACGCUUGGUUUGUUGUCUUAAGUUUUUAUAAAGAACUCAAAGAAGAUUUGGUAGCGUGUGAAUUAUAUGAAAAAGAAAAAAAAGAACGAAAAAUUGAGAAAAGGAAAUGGGCAAAAUCAAUUCGUUUGAAUGUGAGGCAAGAAUUGGAAGAUGAAAUUGAUAAUGGUAGAAAUUUGAUAAGCGAAUCAACAAUUGAUGCCAUUAUGCAACAUUUGAAAACGACUUUAUCCGAGUCAAGAUCGUUGGAUGCACUACUUGCCAAUUUGGCUGCAGCUGAUGUAGAGGAAGAAAUUUUGAAUUGUUUAGAGGAGGAGGAAGAAGAAGAGGAAGAUGAUACAAGCAUUGUAGAAAGGGCAAAAAAGUUCCUAAAUAUCAUCCCUGAGGAAAUCGAGAAGAUACGAAGUCAACCUAGUCGCAGAACUUUAAGAAUUCUUUCCGAAAUUACUUUGGACGCGUUGUCCUUGGUCGACAGUGGAAAAUAUUUAGCUAAGAUUUCUCACACAAGUUUUUUUCUCAAAAAUGGAGUAAUUUGUAGAGGUCCUAAUCAAUUUCUUGAGGAUGAUCACCAAAUACAAAAAAAAUAUUUGAAAAAGAGUGAAAUAGAAUUCAGUGUUUUAGAAUUGGAUGAUAUUAUUAAUAAAAGGAAAAGUAAAAUAGACUUAAUUAGUCUUGAAGGGUUAUUAAAAAAAAAUAAAGUGGGAUUGACCCAAUCGAGAUAUAUAGAUGGAGAAAAAAAAUGUAUUAAUAUGACAAAGAUGGAUUUAGAAGAGGAAAAGGGCUUGAAAGAACAAUUAAAUGAACAAACUGAAAACAAUAUAUGUGUGUAAAUUAUAAGAACAAGAAAUGUAAAAUAAAAGAUAUUUAAAAUUAGGAGUAACUGAGAUAGAUCACAAUGUAAAUUGUAAAAUUAAAUGUUUUUUCAAAUUAA